UCUUGGUUAUUACAGAUUGCAACACAAUAAUUCAAAUCAACAACUGUGUUAGCUGAACAUUUAGAAAAGACUGGAAAAUUAUUUCUUUUUUAUCACUUUCAAUGAAAAAGAUGGCAAACAAGAAGAACUCUAUCAUCUUUAUGCUGUUAUCGCUAUUUACGUGUAUUUGUGUUGCCAAAGAUUGCUUCAAAGAUAGACAUUGUCCUCAUCUUCAAGGAUGCUGUUCUGAUGGCAAAUGCUCGUCUAAUUGCUUCAGGAAAUACUGUGCAUUUACCGCAGAUUGUAAUUCAGGUUUUCGUUGUAAGUACGGCAUUUGUACAAGCGUCAUAUGUUCUUAUGAUAGCGACUGCUCAGCAGGAAAAUCUUGUUGCUAUGAUAGGAAAUGUUCGUCUAGCUGUGUCGGGAAAUUAUGCAUAUCAAACUCGCACUGUGCUUCAGGAGAAUGUUGUGAUAUCCAUUUUAAGUGUAUAUCUGACUGUGGGAAUAUUGCUGGUUGGAUUAUCGUCGUGAUUGUUAUCAGUAUAAUCAUGGUUAUCGCCAUACUUGUUGGAAUAACAAUACUUUGCUGUUGCGCUACUAAAACAUCUUCAACACGAAGUGUUCAGACUGGUAUGAUAGUUACAGAACCGACUACAGAGGGAACCACAGUCAUUGCAAACAAUCAGCAACAGCAUUUACCACAACUGCCACUAAAACCCAUUGGUCCACCUCCAAUGUAUUUUCCUGAAACUCAAGAAUGUUCCAAAGAGCCACCACCAUAUGAACCAAACGAACAUUUCAAUCAACCAGCAGUUAGUGGAAUACCAUCCCAGUCACAAGGCAAUUUUCAGUAAAUAUAGUAUAAAAGGUAUGCCAUACCUAUCACAAGAAAGUCAAUAAACAUAAUAAAUUAUUAAUCAACACAUAUAGCAGACGUAUUAGUUUAGUCAAACUUAAAUAAACUACCGGUGACUAAUCACAUAGCAGGCUCAACUUUAUUUUUCUACUUUAACCUUUUCAAUAGUUUGUCGUUCGAACAUUUAGCAUGGACUUCCAAUUUCAACAAUAUUGUUUAUUUAUAAACAUAACAAUAUUCAUAUCGUAUAAAAACAGUAGAAUUAGUAUAAGAACAGUAAAACUUCACUAUUAUAUGUAUAUAUUGACUAUUAACUAUAUAUUAUUAUUAUAUUCUGCACGUUAGCUCGUGGACCAAUGUGCUCAAAAACACAACUUUCGCUGCACACCUCUCACAACUAAUAAUUUGUGAAUGUUUUUACCAAGAUGCUGACUCAGCAUUUUAAGGUCUUGUCUACCACCGGGCAGACCUGCCAAUUCACCCGCUUUGAUCGACUAUACCCAAAUCUUAAAACAAAUCUUUAGGACACUAGAUUUUCGAUCAUUGAAAGUAAAUGGUGUAAUAUACUUUUUUACUCAUUUCAUAAUAGUCUCGAAUGGUACAGAGAAUUUUUUGGCUUUGAUAACUGUCAAUGACGUCAUCGUGAAUAAAUUGUUGUGCACAUUUUCCACACUUUCUCUUGGAGUAAUGGGGCACCAUUGAUAACUUGCCUAGUUGCUUUUGUAUUAUUUUCGAUAUCACCGUGAAAGAAAAUAUAAUUUGUGAGAGGUGUGCAGCGAAAAUCGUUUUUUGCACACAUUUUUACCGACUGGUCUACGCUCUAUGUUACUCAUACUGAAGUUGAGUGAAUCAUGAAUAAAGUCAGCAAAGCACAGCGUGGGAAA